UUUUGGGGGACGGUGUCAGUUUGCACCGAGACAUCAGCGCCGAGACCGUAGAGGGGGGAAUCUGGCCGCGAGAAAAACGGCCGUCUUCCAUACCGCUCUGUUCUACGCGCUCAAGCUCGAGACCUGAACCACUGCGAGCUUUUUCCACAGGGGGACAAAGGCGCGGGCCCGGUGUAAGGCAGCACGAGGCGUUCUCUGGAUUCCUGUUAUUCUGAAAUGCGCCGUUGCUGCUCUUAUUGCGAUUGACAGCGUCUGCAGCAGUUCCGUUUUCAAGAUGGCCGCUCGGCUUGCACUCGUUUGCUGCUGAUCGACUUUUCUCCCCCUCCUCCUCUUCUCCUCCUCCUCUUCCCCUCCCUCCUUCCCUCCCUCCCUUCUGCAACUUUCGUGGUCUAAAAACUCGCCUCGCUCUCCAGGAUCCGCGGCGCAGUUGCCAGGAUUCCAUCCUUCCAUGACGAUGCAUCGCACAACAAGGAUCAAGAUCACGGAACUGAACCCACAUUUGAUGUGUGUCUUAUGUGGGGGAUAUUUCAUCGAUGCAACCACAAUCAUAGAAUGCUUGCAUUCAUUUUGUAAAAUGUGCAUUGUCCGCUACCUGGAAACCAGUAAAUACUGUCCUAUAUGCGAUGUCCAGGUCCACAAAACGAAGCCUCUUCUAAAUAUUAGGUCUGACAAAACUCUCCAGGAUAUUGUGUAUAAAUUGGUACCAGGGCUCUUUAAAAGUGAAAUGAAACGUAGGAGAGACUUUUAUGCUGAACAUCCAUCAGUAGAUGCUGCAAAUGGGUCAAAUGAAGAUCGUGGAGAAGUUGCAGAUGAGGACAAGAGAAUCAUCACAGAUGAUGAAAUUAUCAGUCUCUCCAUUGAGUUUUUUGACCCCAAGGCCAAACUGCAAUGCACUGCAGAAGACAAACAGCCAAAAGAAGAGGUAAAUAACAAGAGGUACUUACAGUGUCCUGCUGCGAUGACUGUGAUGCAUUUAAGGAAAUUUCUGAGAAGCAAAAUGGAUAUCCCCUGUACUUUCCAGAUUGAAGUGAUGUAUGAGGAUGAGCCUCUGAAGGACUACUACACAUUAAUGGACAUUGCCUACAUUUACACCUGGAGAAGGAACGGACCAUUGCCCUUGAAGUAUAGGGUACGACCCAACUGCAAAAAGAGGAAGCUUGUGCACCCUCCUGAUGGUCUAAACAGUGCCAACCGCUCAGAAAGUGACUCUGCCAGCGACAAAGCCAGCAGUCCAGCUGGAGCGCCGUCCACCUCAUCACCGCUGCCCAGUCCCAACACACCACUUCAGUCUCCGCAUCCACAUUUCCCGCACAUUUCAAACCCAAUCAACGGCACCUCUAUGACGAGCCCCAGUCGACAGUUCACCUUCGGCAACAAAGUUCGCAAACCUUCACUGAACGGAUCUUCCACUUCGUCGGGGUGACUGAAUAUUUUGCAGGCGUCAGUGACUUACAUGCCAACGUCCUGUCUUUUGUAGCCAUCUUAUCGUCAUUAUUAUAAACUUAUCACACGUGUAACUUUGACCUAGUGGAAAUGGCACAUUUCAAGCGAUUUUCUGGAGCAGUGGGCCUUUUUUUGGCGUCAACGUACAGCUAUGGUAUUUUGGAGGAUGGAGAGGAAAACAACUGUGCAUAAAGACUGUUUUUAUAUGUCUUUUUACUUUUCUCUUUUUCCUUUAAAAAGCAAAAAAAAAAAACGAAUCUAAGACGUGUUGCUUGUAUUUUUAAGCGUGUAUGUUUUUAAAAAGCAUGAUGAAGACAUUGACUUUGGUUUGCCUUUUUUUUGGGUAGUUUAGGCCUACUAAACAUUCCUUAUAUAUCCAGGUGGCAUUUACAGUGUAUCAAAGAAAAAUAUCUAUAUAUUUAGUUCAUUUUAAAGCAAGAUAAAGGCCUGUAUGUAUUAGAGAAAAAUAGGGUGAAAAUUUAACGUUAAACUGUAGUUAAUUUUGAGCGACAUUUGUGGGUUCAACAUGUUUGGUUCAGUGGGGAGGAUUAAAGGUUACGAGGUUCGCGUGCAUAAGCAGACUCAACAUCCUCCAUCCAAUCAUCUGUCUUCUGGACAACAGGUUCUGAAUACUGCAGUGUUCAUUUUCUCAUUGUACGAGUAUCUGUUGUAUUGUGACUGUCUCACAGUAUAAAACCUCAAAAUAAAACAUUUUACACUUUC